AUGAGGCUGGUCCUGUGUUUUCUGCUGCUCACCCUGGCUCUCUGUUGCUAUGAAGCUAAUGCUAAAGUCUGUAAUGCUGUUAUGCGUGAAAGCACCAUCUUCAUAGCAGGGAGCGAGGCACAGCUGGAGGCAGAACUUCAGAAAUAUGAUGCACCUCCAGAGGCUGUGCAAGCAAAACUGCAAGUGAAGAGAUGUGUAGACAAGAACUUGAAUGUUAUAGAGAUAGGGGGAAUGAUAGCCAUAUUGCUGCUGUCAAAGAAAUGGCAAGCACCUCGCCAGGAGUCUGCCUCUGAGUCCAUGAUUCUUGCUACCAUCCCAAAGCACGUUUAUGGAAAGCCUAAGUAA